AUGUCUUUUAUCAACUUCUUCCUCCCCGACGUCGAACGACAGUUUAACCAAGAGGUGGCACACCUUGCUUCCAGCAAGGAGGAACUCUUUGAGUACAACAAUACUCUAAGAGCGGAUGGGCGUCCGAAGAGACCGUGUGGGGCGGCACAAAUAUUCGCGGUGGAUUUUUUCAAAUGCGGGCAGCACGGUAGUGGCAUGGAGCUUGUUAUGGGCGCGUGGAAGUCACUUGAUGACUCGACUAAACGCCGUUAUGAGGCGGCGGCGGCAAUGGUUAAGAAAGACUUCCUGGACAAGCAUUCCUAUUACGUGAACAAAAGGGCAGGAAUCACCCCCACUGCUACCCCCACUGCAUUUGUUGUUACAAGACUAGUCCUAAAACAAACAACCGUGCUUAACCAAUUU